AUGCGCGGCCUAGACGAAAGCACCGACGUACUCCUACGGACUGGCCACAAGGCCCAGGAACAGGUGCGGCAUGCGUGGGACGGGUUCAUUAAUUUCGCGGCGCGGGAUAAUGUGCUCGAGGUAGCUUUGGGUUUGAUGUUAGUCUCUGCGCAGAAACGACUAUACGAGUCCAAUUCAUUCACGAAAGUCGUUACGUCUUUUGUCUCAGAUCUGAUUCUACCGAUUGUUUCUCUCCUGCCAUUCCUGAAUCGGAAUAUGGAUGAGAAAUUCGCGGUGCUUUCCAAGGGUCCGAAUUACAGCAAUGAGCAUGGGUAUAACACUCUGCUCCAGGCGAGAGAGGAUGGUGCCCUAGUUCUGGCUUAUGGAGUGUUCAUUGAAACCCUGCUCAAUUUCAUAGGCGUCAGUCUGACUCUCUACGCGGUCGGAAAUUUGUACAUGUUUGUCACGCACACGAAGAUCAUCAAGCCGACUGUUCGGUGUCCUUACUGCAAACAGUAUAUUAGUCAAGCGGCGCUUCGUUGUCGGCAUUGCUCUACGUGGCAGGAUGGAAGGGAAGAUGAACCUAAAGGUGAUAAGAAUCGGGAGGAAUCAGGGGAUGCUGGGUCGAGCCUUGUGGGGGAGAUUCCUUAG